UCGACUCACUCUCUCCCCUCUCUCUUCGCGAUCUGCCUGCAAUUCCACCAUAGCCUGCAAAUCGGUCUGGAAUCCGUGGGAUUUAACGAUUUUACGACCGUACGAACGUAAAGAGAUACAUCUCCUUUGCAACCUUCCCAUCCGCUAUCGAACGAAACCUUAAGCGCGGCCACCAGCCAUGGCCGCCCGUUCGAUGGAUGCGCUGCAAAGCUUCGCCUACCUUAGUGAAAACCUACCGUCAUGGAUCACCCGAGUCUCCGACCUGGCGACGUAUACGGCCGCCAAACACGCCGAAUUCUCCGCAGAGUACAAGAAACUCACGCAUGUCAAGCCGCGCCGGCGCAAGAACAGUUCACUUCACUCGCUUCGCCCCGAUGACACGAAUCCUCCCGAGGACGCGUCCGCCGCAAACCCUCGAAAGAGACGGACAGAUGACGAGCCGUCAGUUCGAUCGGGCGACGAUGCUCCUCCGAUCAUUCGGACGCGCCAUAUGGUCGUCGUCCACUACGACGGCCACGCACAGAAGGAAAUGGAACAGGUGGUGCGGGAUAUCGGCUCCGCGAGGAAUAACAUCCGCAGAGGCAAAAUGUCGCAGAUGGUCAGGCCGGGCGGCUUUGCUAUGAGUAUGUUUUCCAAAUUGAGUGACCCGUCGACCACCACCUUCGGCCAGAUCAACGCAGCCCAGACGGCAUCCGAACUCGCGGCUGCUGUUGGCCCAAGGCGCAACACCAAGAAAGAAUCCCCCUUUGAUUUUGCCGACAAGCAGCUGGAGCUGGCACAGAGCAUGUGCGAGUCAGGUGCCCACCAAUUCCUUCGCUGCGGAGACUGCUCCGCUGAACUGCAGGGCGUCCAGGAGAAGUUCCAAAUCUUGUUGGAGAUGGCCACGGCCGAGGUUGAACGCUUGAAGGAGGAGAAGAGGUUGCAGGAACAGAAUAAGACAGAAGAGGAAGAAGAGGAGGAUCCGAAUCACGAGUCAGCAAAAGACAAGCCCACCGGUGUGACUGCCCUAGCGGCGGAGAAUGGCAAGCCACCGGCGCCGGGCUCGACAGCCAUCGAAGUUGAUGAUAAUGCUUCUGCGGAAUCCAUAUCUAUCGACUUGGCCGCGUUCCGCUCCGCCUCCCGAUUCCGGAUGUGAUCCGAACGAACUGAAUCUUCGUAUUCGUCUAGCGUGCCCUGGCCUUCGGUUACAUUCAAUUUCCCCAUGGGCAGUGGGCAUUUGAUCCUUAGCGUCUCGUUUGCUGGAACUCGUGACAGGAAAAAAGCAGCCUUUGCAUAGCCUCUCAUUCCGUGAACCUCCUUUCUAGCGUGAUACCUAUCUUCUGUGAUACCUAAUUCUGUCAUUUCCUUUACUAUAUUUUUCUUU